AUGGCUGCUGAAGCUCCCAACUCAUCAAAAUCCUUUUUUCUGGAUUUCUCCAACCCCUACCGACUUGACCAUGGAGAUAAUCCAUCUCUUCCCCUAGUUCCUGAUCUUCUUACUGCCGAUAACUACACUACUUGGUCGAGAGCCAUGUGCAGGGCUCUUCGUGCAAAAAAUAAGCUCGGCGUCAUCAAUGGCACCUUCUCCAGACCAAGUUCCACCUCAGAUCCACUCUUUGAUGCGUGGGAGCAAUGCAAUGAUCUGGUGGUUUCCUGGUUGCAUAACUCCAUAAAUCCAUCUCUCAAAUCCAGCAUUGCUCUGGUGGACGACGCUGCUCAGGUCUGGAAAGAACUCCAAGAACGAUUCACUCAAUCAAAUGGUCAUCGCAUCUUUCAACUUAAAAAGGCAUUAACAGGUCUCACCCAAGACCAUGACUCUGUUUCUGUUUAUUUUGGCAAACUGAAGACUCUGUGGGAUGAGCUUCUUCUGUAUGACCCCUUACCUGACUGUACAUGUAGCAAGUUGGUUGUUCUCCUUGAUCGAUAUCAAAGGGAUUAUGUAAUCCAAUUUAUUUUGGGCCUUAAUGAUUCAUACAAUGCCACCCGCGAUCAGAUUAUGAUCUUGGAUCCAUUACCUCCCGUAAACAAAGUUUUCUCUAUGGUCCAACAGCAAGAACUACAACAUUUCAUGGUACCUAAUCUCCCAUCUACUAAAUCCAUGGCACUUGCUAUUAACUGA